AUGUCCACGUCAAGAUCCGCCAGCAGCGACGCUGUCAACGUCCCACGACUACCUCGAGAGAUCCUCGACCGCAUCCUCGGACUGGCAGCCCUCGACGCUCCCAAUGUCGACGACGACGAACGGCGUCUGCCCGAGUACAGCCGCCACGUCGCGUGGCUCGCUAGCCUUCGCCUCGUCUCGCGCCACUUUGAGACCAUCGCCCGUCCGCACCUCUUCCGAAACCUCGUCGUCCUCGAUGCUUGGCGGCUAGAACCUCUUGCCAAGCUCUUCCGGAAGAGGCCCAAACGCGCGAGACUAGUCAAGCACGCCGUUUUGGAUAAUACGCAGGCGCGCAGCAACGACUGGAACGAGCACCUUCCGGAUCCGCCCUUCCGCGACUAUAUCGAGGCCAACUUGGACAGACGCCGAGCUCGAGUCGCCGCCGUUCUCAAGCGCAUCCUGCCUUCGGUCCGCACGCUCCGCCUCGGCAUCUACGAGUCCCUGCUGCCGUGCCUGACCAGCGGCAGCCACAUCCACGCCCCUCACUUGAAUUCGCUCAAUCUCGCGGCAGAGUCGCUGCACCGAGCGCAGGGCGGCUGCCUGCACGCGCCGCGUCUGCGCCGCAUCGUCUUCGACCUCGAGGAGGGCCGCGGCUACCACUCAUUUCAGGACGGCCUCGGCCGGACACUCGACCGUAUCGAUCCGAACUGUCGCUUGGAGGAGGUCACGUUCGUCUUCAUGUCUGGCCGCCUGAGUGUCUGCACGAAUCCCGGCUCCCCCGCACAGCAUGCUCUCUGGAAGGACCUCGCACGACAGCCAAAACAACAAACUUACGCUCCACAACGGCAACGCCAGGCUUCUGCCAGGCCAGGGAGCGCCAAUACCCCCGUGACACAGGCAGAUAUCGUCGCAUUCCUGCUGAACCUCCUGACGGCCUCCGCCGGAGACGAGGGCAGGGCGCUCGUCUCGGCCGCGCUUAAAGCCAACGCCUGGGAUCCCCAAGAGAGAGUGUCCAACGGAGCGGACGAGGGGAGCGACAACGAAGACGCGGAAGCGCAACGACAGUGGGCGGCGAUUCGAAACGUUUUCGGACGCAUUGAGGACUGGCUCCGCGAGCACGAUCACAACCGCGACAUGCAGCCCUCGGUCUCUUUCGACGCCCACGGCAUGUCGCACCAGCGCCCGCGCAAAAUGCCCGCCGAACGGGGCUUGAUCAGCAUCACAGCCGACGAGCUCGUAGCGCGGUUUGGACAUAUCCCGGCCAGCUACACCUGA